UCACGGCUUCUCGAUCGCUCAACUCGUCUGCCACCACCACCACCGCCGCCGACACCACGUUCAUCUUCAACUGCAUUGCGGAAUCUACAAAAAUAAAAUGGUUUCACACAGACCAGAGAAAAAAAAGCAUGUGCAUCUGUUAAUACAGUUUACCUGAUAUGUGAUUUUUAUCAAUUUCAAAAUGUGCUCUGCUCUUCUCAAUCAGAUGGAUAUAAUUAGAGGAAUGGUGUAAUAAACUAGUCAAAUCAAUGUCAGUGAAAUCACUCUUUUCUACCAACUACAAGGACAUGUGGAUUAUACAAAAUGCCACGGGCUCAUGCUAUGGAAUUAGUUUUAGACACUGGAGUUCUUGCACUUGAUGUAGACUCCAAGGACCUCGAUGCAGUUGAGUCUCAACGUUUAGAGAGGAUCCAAGCAGCCCGACGUAUAAAAAGAGUGAAAUCAACACACAGUCGAAGAUCGUAUUCGGCAGACUCAAGAAAUGACGAGGGAAGUUCCUCGUCCUGUUUGCCAAAUUGUCUACGAAGCCAACGCCGCUCCGACAAAGACCGUUUAUACAGAUCAAGACAAGAAUCUUCUUGCUCAGAUUUUCCAUCGCCUGAUUCCAACCCUCCCUCAUACGAUGGUGCAUGUAGAGGCCGCUCCCGUUAUAACUCAGGAAUAGAAGAAAACACUGCUUUACUUGUGGAUGUGACCAGCUCACACCGAUCGUCCUUUCCCAAGCUGUCAGAGGAAGACAAUGCCAAUGACGAUGGGAUGGGCCCACCCGGGAACGACUAUGACUGCAGCUGUGAGCGCGUUGUAAUCAACGUCAGUGGUCUCCGGUUCGAGACUCAGCUCAAGACGCUCAACCAGUUUCCCGAUACGCUACUCGGAAACCCGUUGAAACGAAACCGUUACUACGACCCAUUACGCAACGAGUACUUUUUCGACAGAAAUCGCCCCAGUUUUGAUGCCAUUUUGUAUUUCUAUCAAAGUGGCGGCAGGUUGCGGCGGCCCGUGAACGUUCCAUUGGAUGUGUUCUCGGAGGAGAUCAAAUUUUAUGAGUUAGGGGAGGGUGCCUUUGAAAGGUACAGGGAGGACGAGGGUUUCAUUAAGGAAGAGGAGAAACCGUUGCCUCAGAAUGAAUUCCAAAGAAGGGUAUGGCUGUUAUUUGAAUACCCUGAAAGCUCAGCUGCAGCAAGACUUUGUGCUAUUUUCUCAGUAGUUAUUAUUCUAUUAUCCAUUGUUAUAUUCUGCCUAGAGACUUUACCACAAUUCAAGCAUUACAGGGUUGUCAAUGGUACAUUCAAUGAUUCUAAGGAGUCCAUUGAAGAGGAUGAUAUUCCAAAGUUUAAUGAGCCAUUUUUCAUCAUUGAAACUUGCUGUAUUAUUUGGUUUACAUUUGAGCUGUUGGUCAGGUUUGCAUCUUGCCCUGAAAAGUUGGGAUUUUUCAAAAACAUCAUGAACUGCAUUGACAUUGUGGCCAUCAUUCCAUACUUCAUCACUCUGGGCACUGUCGUAGCUGACCAGAGCAAGAGCAAUAAUCAAGCCAUGUCCUUGGCCAUCCUCAGGGUGAUCCGUCUCGUGCGGGUCUUCAGAAUAUUUAAACUUUCCAGACACUCUAAAGGUCUUCAGAUCCUUGGCCAAACCCUGAAGGCCAGUAUGCGUGAGCUGGGACUGCUCAUAUUUUUCCUAUUUAUAGGUGUUAUAUUGUUUUCCAGUGCUGUUUAUUUUGCUGAAGCAGAUGCAGAUCAGACUCAUUUCAAAAGUAUUCCUGAUGCAUUUUGGUGGGCUGUGGUCACCAUGACCACCGUAGGCUAUGGAGAUAUGAUGCCGAUUGGAGUAUGGGGCAAGCUUGUGGGGUCUCUGUGUGCCAUCGCUGGUGUGCUCACCAUUGCGCUUCCUGUACCUGUUAUUGUGUCUAAUUUCAAUUACUUUUACCAUCGAGAAGGUGAGAACACGGACAAAGGGCAGUACAAGCACGUACAGUCAUGCUCAAAUUACCCGGAGAAAAAGGAUUCUAUGGACUCUGAAUGUGGUUCUGAUAUCAUGGAAAUGGAGGAAGGAAAUCACAGCACGCCAUUAACUGAAAAAGUGAAAGAGAACCAUGCAAUCAAGUCCAACAACCCCGGCAGUGACUAUGGACUAGAAACUGAUGUAUGAUAUAGAGAUCACCUGGAACUCCAGUUACUAUUUCAGCAGGGGCAGAAGAAGCAACAUGACAAUGCAUCCUUAAUUAAAUUGUGACAUCUUAAAUCAUGUGGAUCCUUGCAAUGAUUCGAUCAAAGAAGAUUCAUGGCUGUGUCCCCGUCAGUUUGAAUAAUUCACGUUUCUUUUGUCUUGCCAUUUGAACCAUUUAAUUUUGCCAUUUGAGCAUUCAAUUUGCAUGCAUUUCCUUGCAACUUACAGUUUCAGUAGAUUUCCAGUGUAUUUUAUUUCAGACUGUAUCACUGUACAUAUAUAUAUAUAUCUUAUAAUUUAUAGAUAUUUUUAAAUUCCUUUAACUUUGAUCAUAAAGUAAUGAAAUACUUUCAUGUUUUUUAAUCUGAUAAAAAUGAAAGACAUCGAAAGCUUUAAAUACUUGUAAAAUUUUUUAAUGCAUUGGACAAAGUAGUUCCUUGGGCUGAUAUUCUUACUAGCAACAAGAAAGAGAUUCAAAUGUCCCUUUCUCAUCACACCAAACAGUAGGCAAGCAGAACCUAAAAUAGGAUUAAGCUCAUUAGCUGUCCAAAGUGAGGGCAUUAGAUGUCAGCUAGUUACUAUACAACUGCUAUGUGCUACCCUAACUUAAACAUGUUUUGCUAAACUAAGCUGAAGUUAUCUGACCAUCUCUUCCUACCAACAAAGUGGGGGAUCCUUUUUUAAAUAGUUUUCUUGCACACAGCAAGACCUCCAAAAGACAUGAACUGUAUUUUAUAUUGUCAUAAAAGUUUCUAAUUUUAUAUGACAACCUUUGGUUCUUUUUCCCAGUGAAAACUGUAAACAAUUUUAUUACUUAGAAUUCCAAUUUUACAGAUAGCUCUAUAUUUUUUUUAACCACCUAUUACUUCCCUUCCCAAUUGACUCCCUUUUUUUUACAUUGUAAUUUAUUUUAAUGAAAAUGACACAGAUACAAGUUGUUGUGUUUUUUUUAAUUUUUGCAUGAAAUUUUAAACCAAGCCAAAGUUGUAUCCUUAUAUGAAUUUAGAGCAGUUUCUCUUAAGAAGCACAUGUUUUUUGUGCAUGCAUAAUAAACGCAAACAUGUUUGACAACAUGCUGCACUAUGGGAUAGUUGAUUUGAUUGGAGCACCUUUCAAACCACUAACUGACAACUUUUGCAAAAGGUGGAGAAGUAAUCUAUGCACAAACUGUAUGGCCAUUUUUUUAUUUUUUUUUUUUUGCAUUUUAAAGAACAAAAUCCAAGUCAAGUUUUGUACUAGCCACUGGACCUAAUCAUCUUGGCUGUGAUCACUCUGUUGAAUCUUCAUCACUGUUGUUAAUGUCAGUGAUAGCUCAGUCAGCUGUAGUUUUACACUCUAGCCUUUUCUCUAUAUCUACCAGAAUUGCAUUUGAUUCCUUGCACGUUGUUUUUCUUUUUCUUUUAUAAAAAUUGCAAGUUUAAGGCCAACAACUGCUCAUGUUGACCUUCACAAUGGAUAUUGUAUGUUCAGGAGUGAUGUAUGUAUGUACGUAAUCUGCUGUGAAAUGGAUGAGUUUACUUGAAAAAAUGUGAUGACACAAGUCAGCUAGUGAAGACAAGAUUAGGACAUGAUGGAUUGAAUAGCUUUCUUCAAUCAAUCGUUUGAGUCACCAAUGCAUUGUCAUUUGCCCCACUGGAAUUCAAAGCGCAGUCAGUGAAAAAUCUGAUACUUUCACAUCAAGUCUUCCUGUAUCAAUGUUCACUGCAAGGGAUUGAAAACCUUUGCAUUACCAGUUGCUAACUAUGGCUGCAAUCUCAAACAGCCUUGGUAACAACAGCUGCCACCUAUGGCUGUACUGUCUUACAGCUAUGUAACAGAUGCCACCUAUGGCUGUACCAUCUUAUAGCUAUGUAACAACAGCUGCCACCUAUGGCUGUACCAUCUUACAGCUAUGUAACAGCUGCCACCUAUGGCUGUACCAUCUUACAGCUAUGUAACAACAGCUGCCACCUAUGGCUGUACCAUCUUACAGCUAUGUAACAGCUGCCACCUAUGGCUGUACCAUCUUACAGCUAUGUAACAACAGCUGCCACCUAUGGCUGUACCAUCUUACAGCUAUGUAACAGCUGCCACCUAUGGCUGUACCAUCUUACAGCUAUGUAACAACAGCUGCAUGUAUGGCUGUACCAUCUUACAGCUAUGUAACAACAGCUGCAUGUAUGGCUGUACCAUCUGGAAGCACCCACCAAGCAUGCUAGCUUCAGCUGUCAGCCAUGACACCUCUAGCUGUCAGCCAUGACACCUCCAGUUGUCAGCCAUCGCCAGACUACCCUCCCACUGUGGUAUCCGCUACAGCACCAGCAUCAAGGAAACAUUCCCCCCUCCCCCACAACAUCUACCCACCCCAGACCUGUGAAUCAAACUCUAAAGCUGGCUUGAGUUGGGAUCCCACUAACAUCAAGCCCAAGGGCUGGUACACCACUCAAGUGACAGAUGAAGAUUUGAUACAAGAAACUAUUGACCAAGUGAAAUCAGCAGUAAUUGGCCUUGAACAGACUGAGCUUUGGAUGUGGAGGCAAGGACUGCAGCUGGGGAAUCAAAACAGUGCCAAGAAUGUUUGUCGGACAAUAUGAAGGCUCUGUACUUUGUUUUUUCUCAAGAAAACUGGACCUCUCUGUUAACUGACCUCUGGUGGACUGGUACUUCAUGCCUGGACAUCACUCUUCUUUAGAUUUAGGGCAUGUAGUUUUCAAUUGUUAUUCAAAUAUACCUGAUUGAAUUACAGUGUUGAAAAAAAAAAUUUAAUUGGAUAAUUUAACCCUGAACCACCUAUUAUUUUGUGAUAUUUUAUAUACUGUAUAUUUUACCUCCACUAAAUUUCAAAUGAUCCAAAAACCACAAAAUGUACUGAUAGCUCUCUCAAGAGUUUAAAGGGGAGUUUUUUUAUGUUGAAGGAAGAAAGCUGUUCAAUUAUCCAUCUGUAGAAAAAAAAUCCUGUUGCCACAAAUUAUAUUUUCUUCCAUAAAUUUGCUCGAGAUGCCUUAGCGAGUUUAGUUAAUUUUUUGUUUUGAGGAUUUAAGAAAUAGUUCUCUGCAUUUCUUUUGUAAACAGUUACUGUGAUUUAUGCUUAGAUAUAAUGGUCUAUAGAAACUGCAUUGCCUCCCUUAUUGAAGCUAUAAACAUUGGUCAUGAAGUAAUUCAGUAGCUCACUCUGAGACAAUCAACCUCAUGCUGAAUCAGUUGGCUGCUCCCUUACCUAAUUGCUACAAGUUUAACACUAGCUAAAGGUCUACCUGCAAAAAGUAUUGGGUUUAAAUUGAAAUACUUUUGACUCUUGGUGGUUGUAUGAUUACCUGUAUAUUUUUGUACAAGAUGGGCUAAAUGUGAUAGGAUUGUUUUCAUUUUGAAAAGAUCAAACAUACAAAGACUUUCUGGCACCUUCUCACAAUAGUCUUUUUAUUUUUUAUCUUGUGAUACACUGUUUCAACUCAGGCUUUUUUCCCUAGUUAAAAUCAGCUAUCUUACCAUCGCAUGAACGAUCCUGUGGCUUUGAUAUUAUCUGCCUCAGAUGUUUCUUCUUGCCUGCAGUGUGAGUUAAGGAAAACAAAGUUAACUACUGUAGGCUAUUGCUACGAAGAGAUUUUUUUCCUCUUAUCAGCAUGUCUAAAGGCAUAAAUAAAUAGCUGUAGUAUUAAAAGACACAUUUUAAAAUAUUUCUUACUGAGCAUAAUGCACCACCAUAAAGCAGAUCUAUUCCAAUAAGGCAGUAUUAUCAAGUAUAAUCACCUGAGUAAAGUUUUUCACUAUUUUAAGUACUUUUAAAGCUGACAUUUUAUUUCUGAUUGAUCACAGUAAGAAACUUCAAUCACAGGGGAGACUACUCUUUAUAAUCUGUCCCUGCCAAAACUCUGUUGCUACACUUAAUCUUUGUUGAAAGCUGCUUAAGCCCCACCUAAAAAUGUCACCAACUUAAACAUUAUGUGCACUACAACACUGAACAAUCCAACAAUAUAUGACAGGGCUGUGAUUACCCUGCCCAAACCUUGAAAUUUUUCACUCCCCUUUUAUCUUCAGCAUGGGGUCUUGUUUCUCCCCAGCCCCCACUAUCUUCUAUAACCAGUCCCCACAAUCCCAAGACAAGAAUAAUUUAGGGCAGUUGCUUGCUUGAAUAAUUUCAUGAGCAGAAUCUCUUCAGCCAUGUUCUAUCCCUCAAGAAUUGGAGAGCGAAUAAAUAAGGGAGGCAAUCAGUGCUGACCAGGCCAGUUAGAGUGCAAAUGUUUGGGUGGAUGAAAUGUUGUAUCCUGUUAUUGAGCUUGAAAAGUUGAAGAGAAUGCGGGCUAAAAAUGUGCUGUUCAUCAUGUCUUGUUGUAAAUGUUAGUUUAUUUCUGCUUUUGUUGGGGCAAUGUUGUUCAAUUUGCUGCGAGAGUUUCAGGACAACUGGGAAAAUGAAGGUUAUUUUUAUUUUUACCAUCUGACUUACGUUUGAUUACCACAGUAUUAUAUUUAAAGUUUUAUUUUGUUUAUUUAAAGGCUUUAUAUUUGUAAUGUUUUGUGUCUUUAAGUAAUUGUUAAAAAAAUAUAUAUGCAAAAUGAUUGAAAAUAAUGGAGACUUGUUCCAUGUAGUGGUAUACAAAAACUGUUCAGUUGUUUGAUCUAUUUAUGUUUUGAGUUCUUGUUUAAAGUUAUGGCACAAGUCAAGCAAGGCCAUAUGCUAGCACUAGGCUACUGAAGCUGUGAUUUAAUGGUUAAAUGCUAUUUUUUUAUUUGACCAGUGCACACGAUGUGAAAACUGUGACUUGUUGAUGUGAUACCUUAAUGCAAGCCUUGAUCUAUUUAUAAAUUAUGACAAUGAGUUCUUGAAUUGAUUUAGUGAUCAGUUUUGUUUGUUGGCUUUUGUUAAUUGUAAGCAUAAUACAAGUGAUUUUGUACAAUUCAUAUGAUCAUAUGAUAAAAAUCUGAAUUGCUUAAAGAAAAUACUGUAGGAAUUUGUUUUAAUGUUUUAAACUGUUUAAACUAGAUUGUACAUAUACUAAUGAAUGGGGUAAGAAUAGGUACUGAUGUUACUGUUAACUUAAUGUAGUUUAUUCUAGUAGAUCUACAUUUUUAUACUAUCAGUCAUGAUAUAUUCUCUACUGUUGGGAACUAUAAGCAAGGGGCAGUGAGCGCUGUGCAUGCCACUCUUGUAAAUGUGUACAAAUUGUUUGGCUCUCCUGUACAUCCAGAUGACGUCUUUCAGUCACCAAGUGUUUUUAGACAGUGAUUUCUUCAUAUCUCUUAUUCAGUCUUUUUAACCUCACUUUCAUACAUUCAUCAUUCAUGGAUUUUUUUCUGUAGAUUCUUUUUUUUUCUAUUAUUGUUACAAUAUGAUCUACAAAUUUGUACUAUAAUAAGCAUUCAAAUCAAGUUGAUAUAUGUAAAUACACAGUUUUAAAUCACACGUUUUUUUAUUUAGAUACUUUACUGUAUUAGCAGUUGGAUGAUGUUUAGAUAAACUUCUAAAGUGUAUUCCAUCAAGCAUAACUGUUGUGGCAUUCUAAUAAAGCACAAACCUAGCUUAGAUUACUAAACAAUGAAAAUGAAAAAAAUAUUUUUAUUCUUCUUUUUAAUUUUUGAAAAUUAACUUCUUCCUUUCUUGUUUUCAACUGUAAUUAUUUGUAACGUCCAUUUUUCCUCUUUUUUUAAAAGUUUACAAAAUACUUGAUCACAAACUCUGCAGUAGUUUUGUUUUAAUGAUACAUUCAAAAACUAAAACUUUACAUCUCCUAUACACAAGCAACUAGGAAAUAUGAAACUAGAAUUGCUGGGCAGAGUGAAAAAUUUCAAUCUUCCAUUUCAUUCAAUUCAUUUAUAAAGUCCAGAGUAGAAACAACACUCUUUAUAUUUUAAACCUCAGCCUCCAUUUUGUACCUGAGGCAUCAGGAUUGGGACACUAAUUAGAGUUAAUUAUUCUGUCAUAACUCAAGUGACACAUUAUGUUUAUUCAUGAGUUGAAGACUUCUGAAACUGGCGUUGACUGGCCAGCACUGUAUGGUUGUUCAGGGGGAAAUGGCCAAAAAGCUGUCAGUUUUUUUUUUCUACAUCCUAGAAUUGUAUUGCAAGUAUAGGCUCGUAGCGUUGUUCAUCUCAAACACAUGUAGAUCUUUCCACUCAUAGCUACCUCCUUAUUACUUUUAACUUUUAUUAUAUUUUCUUCUACAAAAUGGUUGCGAUGUGUGAGUGAGUAAACUUGAAUUAGGGUCACUUACCUGUUGUUUUACAAUGUUAAAAUCUGUAGAUGUCCAUGUUUAACCAUAGCCUUCUUACUGUACACACUGAUCUGAUGUCAUCCAAAACAACACACGUUUCAUGUUGCUCAAAGGGUUGAUGGCAGGUUGGAUGCUAAAUAUAUGAAAUAGAUUUUUUAAAUGUUCAGGUCAAACAUUUUAGUUGACCUGCAUUAUUCUGCUGUUAGAUUAUCAACACACAUCAACACACAAAACAAAAAUGGGAUAGAAAAUUUGUUAUCAACACACAUAAAUCAACACUCAGAUAAAACAUCUGUUAUCAUUACAUCAACACAAAGCUUCCAUUUUGUUAACAAAGCUGAAGAUAUCAUGCCAUUCAUUUUGACAUUUUAAGCCUUAUGAUUGGCUUAAUCCAACUGCUAACAAUGAACUCUAAAAUCAAUAGGAAAUGUCAUCUUUAAUUCAUUUUUUAUAGUUUUUAGUUUAUAGAUUUUCAAUCUAGACAACAGCAUAUUAGCUUCCAGAUUUCUAGCCUGUAGUUUUAAAGAAUUGAUACUUUGUCAACAAAUGUUAGAAAUACUGGGGUUUGUUUUAUGUAACAUCAUUGUCAAAAUGUGACAUCUGCCAGUGUAUUGUGAUGUACUGAUGUUUGCUGUAGGAUGAGUUACUGAUGGUUGACUAACACAUUAGAUCAAUUUUACAUCAAAAUUACAAAAUGUUAUUUAUUUAUUUAUUAAGAAUAAUAAAAAAGGCUAUUUAGUAUUUUUAUUUCUUCCCUAUUAAAAUGUGGGAUUUUGUUUAUUUCUAAACAACGUUUAUUGUUCUAAGAAGAAUGACCUCACAGCACUAAAACAACCAACAUACAUUUCAUCUUUAGAAAAGUCUUGAGUAAACUUCUGCCUAUAUAUAGGUCAUCAACUUAAUGCUAGAUGCCAACAUUUGUUUUUAUUUGAGAAGAUUCAAAUUAUAUACAAAAUUUUUAAGAUAAGGUGAAAUCGUGUUUCUAAAAAUGUUCUGAACAUGUUUAUAAUGCCAUUGAAAUGAUAGAUGAUGUAACUGGUAGUGAGAGAAUAAUUUCUACAACACUAAUCAUAAUUAUUAAUUAUGUGAUUAAUUGAUUUUUUUUACUACACUAUGUUUAUCUCUACAUUUGUUAAUUCUAAAAUGUGACUGCAUCAUGAAAGGUUAGCUUAUAAAUUUUCUUAUCUACCACUUGGAUUUAUCUACAAUUUUUUUAGAUGAGUACACCAGUUUAAGCUUGGUCAAUGUGUGGCUUGGUCAAUGUUGCUGUCAUAGACAGAAAAAAUGUCAAACAAAUGAGCAAAGUCUUCCUCUGAUUUGUAGGUCAAGGUCAACAGUUGCUGGCCACAGUAAGACGAGAAGCUUGACUCUUCAGUCAAGAACUUAACUGUCAUCAGUCAAGGACUUGUCUGUCAAGGGUUUGUUGUACUGUCGUAUGGUCAGUCAGUAUGACAUCAGUGACAGAGUGACUCAGCCAGUGACUCAGUCAAUAACAUGUAUGACUCUCAUAAGUCAAUGACUUGUAUGACUCUCAUAAGUCAGUGACUUGUUUGACUCUCAUAAGUCAAUCACUUGUUUGACUGUCAUAAGUCAAUGACGUAUGACUGUCAUAAGUCAGUGACAUAUAUGACUGUCAUAAGUCAAUGACGUAUGACUAUCAUCAGUCAGUGACUUGUGGGACUGUCAUAAGUCAGUGACUUGUAUGACUAUCAUAAGUAAAUGACUUGUGCGACUGUCAUCAGUCAAUAACUUGUGUGACUGUCAUAAGUCAAUGACUUGUGUGACUAUCAUCAGUCAGUGACUUGUUUGUCAUCAGUCAGUGACAUGUAUGACUGUACCCUGUACUCUCCCUGUAUUUUUAUGACUAGCAUUUGUGACAGCCUGUAAGUACCUUGUUACUCUUCUAUUGAAUCCAUGUAAAUAGCUUCAAACAUUUUUUUACAAUGUUACAUAACUGAGCACCCCAACUUUAAAAAAACUGAUCUAAUGUAUGAAGAAUGUAUAGGUCUCUUACAUCCAUUUGACUGAAAUCAGUGUCUGGCAGACUACUGAUCCAUGUAGUGAUCAUCACUUUGGAGUUCUCCCCCUUUUUGCUCUUCUUCACUUUGUUUACUUCUCUUUUUGAUCCAGUGUUGAGUAGUUAUGUGUAACUUCUGCCUGUGAAAAUGAUGCAUGAAUUAUGUCAUUAGAUUAUUUAUUUGAUAUCAUUCGGGUGAUAUGAUACUCAUAGUGCUGAUUCUUCCCCUUUUUUUGUUUUAUCUCUUUGCCCUUGGUUCUUUCCCUUCUCUGCAAUUUACAAUUUGUUCUUCCAAAAUAGUCAAUUUAACUUAUUUCAAUAACACAAUAAAUCAAGUAAAAAUAUAUUAUUAAUAUUGUAGACAUUUUAAAAGAAUUAAUUUAUUUUUACGAAAAACUUGUAGAUUAUUUGAAAGAUCUGCAAAAUGGCUUACUGAAGUAAAGACUUGAUUUUUUUUAAACCAGUAAAAUGGAUACUUCAUAUAGAUUCUAUAGUUUUCUUCUAUACAUACAGAAACUUUAGGUUAGUUGUAAAGUUUACAGGAAAUACUAUAGUUUUAAUUGAGAAAAUUAUUGACAUUUUUUAUUAUAUUUUUUUCAACACUUUUAUUUAUACAUUGUCUACUUAAAAUAAAUUGUACAAUUUUUUCAACACCUAGCGGUUAAUUUUGUCUUCAACAAGAGUUGUUCCCUUUGUUUAUAAAGCCCAGCCCCUUCAGCUUACACCAUUAGCAGUAAUAAGACAUCGGUAACUUCCGUUUGGAGGCUCCUUGUCCCUUUCUUCGCUAUUUCUAGUUUGUCAUUUAGCGCUUCUCGACUCCUAAAUGUAUGUGGCGCAUGCACAUAAUCAUAGACUUGAAUAUCUGAAAUCAUUUGACAGUUCUUUCUUUUGUUUUACACCGUGUUGCCUGGCGAAAUUUUGUUGUAACCGUCAACAGGCAAGAUGGUCGUUAGAUUUUAAGUCUUGUAGAAAAAAGUCAUCCAGCCAGCCAAUGCUGGAAAGGGAAGCAUUUUGUUUACAUCCGUCUUGUCAACUGUUGAAUUCAUCUCGUUUGAUUCUAAACUAUGGAGUAGAAUUAGACAAUUUUAGACUAGAAAGUAAGCAAAUAGGUUACUUAGACUACAUAUUUAUUCUAGUACAUUUUCUGCUACUGUCCAAGAGUCGACUAGAAAUGUUUCUGUGAUCUGGGUUUUUUUUUCUCGUCUGCUUCCCUACUGUGUGUCACGAGACGUGUGGCGAUUGGGUGAGAACAACAUCGUGACGCGGCGAGCCGGACGGUAGCAUUCGACUUGUGUCUACACACACAGACCAAAGCACUCGAUAAAUUAUUUAUUGCUUGCUCUCAAGGCACUAGUACUCACCAAUCGAUAAUUCCUUACACAUUUGAUCCUCUUUGUAACGGUUUUCUCUGAAGAAGACUAGACUAGCUAGUUUUGUUUUGUUUUAAAAUUUUACACUCGGUUAGCCCCCCACCCUCAACUAUCUUUUGGUUUUGGGCUUUCGUUUGAUACCAUGUACCUAUACAUUUGUUACGGGAUUUCCAGGACUAGCCAUGGUUUCUCCUAAAUAAGCAUGGCAUCCCCAUGUUUUUUCUGAUAACCCCUUGGUCAUUGAUGCCUUUGUUUAAAUGUGAGAUUAUUUUCAUUUGUUUCAUAUUUAAUUUGACGUGUUAUUUUUUAAUGUACCUGAUUAAAUGCUCACUAGGAAUGUG